CAGUGCAGAGCUUGUCAGUCUUCUGCUGACACCAUGUCCUGGAGGGAGAGGCGGUUUCUGUGCGCCCUGGUGCUGCUGCUGGGCUUCCUUGCUAGGGGGAGAGCAGAGAUCCAAUAUGUCCUGAGCUCACCUGCCUCCUUGAACAGUGGCGAGACUGGAAAAGCCUGUGUGAACAUAGUGGGCAACAAAGAGAAAUUGGAUGUAAGUCUGAUUCUGCAGCAUGAUGGGCAGAACACCUCAAUUAUUGCAGAAGAUGUCUCCUCUCCUACAUACUUCCAGUGUGUUGAAUACAAGAUUCCAAUUGUACUCGAAGCUGUACCAGUAACCCUGCUGCUUUCUGCAAAGGGCCAGGAAACCCAAGUCUUGGAGCGUAAGCCAGUAGUUGUUAAACCCUCCAAAAACAACUGCAUCUUCCAGAUGGACAAACCCAUUUAUCAGCCGGGCAACAAGGUAUUUUGUCGCAUUGUCUGCAUGAACUCUCAACUUAAACCUGUGAAUGAAAAGUUCCCAACAAUUUUCCUGAAGGAUCCUUCAAGGACCAUUAUCAAGCAAUGGACGAAACCAGAAAUGCAGCGUGGAGUGUCUGAAAUGAAUUUCAACUUAAUCAAAGAUGCUCCUCCUGGUUCCUACAGCUUCACUGCUGAGCGAGAAUCCAGUGCUCCCUUGUCACUAUAUUUUACAGUAGAAGAAUAUGUGCUACCCAGGUUCAGUUUGAAUGUGGAAUCCCCAAAUUCGAUCUCUGUAUUGCAAAACGUUGUAAACUUCACGGUCGCUGCUCGGUACACAUAUGGCGAACCAGUGGCCGGCACAGUCACGACAUUGUCUUGUAAACAGCCUGGUUUGUACGGCAGACGCCUGAACUGCUUUAAAGAGAAAGGAGACCCUUGCUCCAGUAUGACAGGACAGCUUGGUCCUGAUGGUACUUACAAGGGUACCAUUGAUAUGUCCGGACAGUUCAUGGGAAUGACAGGAAUGUCCAUGCAAAUGGACAUUGUAGUGACAGAAGCUGAAACUGGAAUCCAAGUCAAGAAUUCCCGUUACAUAUAUGUUACAACCCAACCAGCUAGGCUCAACUUGGACUAUGGGGCCAUGAAUCAGUACUACAAAAGGGGUAUUCCUUAUGGCGUUGUGGCAUCCCUAACUGACGAGCAAGACAAUCCGAUCCCUAAUAAAGACGUUGAAAUAGAAAUCGACAAGAAACGUAUUCAGACUGUGAAGACUGACUCUGCGGGGAAAAUACUUUAUGAGAUUGACACAUCUGAUAUGGUGUCGCCAAACUUCACUGUCCGGAUCAGUUAUAAGAACCCUGACCAGUGUUAUUAUGCCGAAUGGAGGGACGCAGACUAUCCAUCAUCUGAACGCACUGUUUACCGUUUUUACUCCAAAACGGGUAGUUUCCUGCAGGCAAAACAGCCCAAAGAAGAGUUGAGCUGUGGACAGAACCACAAUAUUGAGGUGCAGUAUACCAUCAACCAGGACGGUGUCAAGGAAAAGGCAAAUACAGUCACAGUCUAUUAUCUAGUCAUGGCAAAAUCAAAAAUUGUUUACAAUGGUCAGCAAGAUGUUGAUUUGACCAACUCAAAGAAUGGCUCUAUUGCCAUCAACCUCCCUGUGACUUCGGACAUGGCACCCAAUAUCAACCUGGUUAUAUACUGCAUCUUGAAUGGAGAGCUGCUUGUUGAGACACUCAGUCUGAGCAUAGAGAAGUGCUUCAAAAACAAAGUUGACAUGGCUUUCUCAGCAGAAAAGGGAAUGCCGGGAUCCACUGUUGAAGUUCUACUCUCAGCCAGUCCAGAUUCCAUUUGUGGGCUCCGAGUGAUUGACUCCAGUCUCCUAUUACUUAACAGUUACGAGCGAUUUUCACCUGAAAAUGUCCAUGGCUUAUUUUCCUACGGCUACUAUGGAGGCUACAAUGUCGGUGGCUUUGAUGUGGAGGGUCCAGAGCCCCAAUGUCUAGAUCCAAACAAACUGGUCUUCUUCCAAGGGAACUACUGGUUACCUGCCAGCAGCGACUCUGAAGGCGACAGCUACCAAAAUCUCAGGGAUGUCGGACUGAUUGUUGCAACAGGAAACCACAUGAGAAAACCAAAGGUCUGUGAGAAAAAUCCACCCCAGGAGUCGAGGUAUCCCGUAGCUUUAAAUGAUGCCCUACCACAAGCUAACCUCAAAUUUUCUGCAGAACGUAGUGUUGGAAUGGGUGCUGGAAUGGGUGCUGGAGGAGCAUCUGCGAUUGAAACUGUUCGAACUAACUUCUCUGACACUUUCAUGUGGCUCAUGGUUCCUCUGGAUAAAGAGGGUCACGCCUCAUUAUCGGAGAUUGCCCCAGACACCAUCACAAAGUGGGAAGGAUCUGCUUUCUGUAUGUCUGAGAAGGAAGGUUUUGGGAUGACCAAAUAUUCAGCCAAUUAUACCACAUUUAUGCCAUUCUUCAUGGAGCUCUCCCAUCCACAAUCUAUCAUCCGUGGGGAGGUUAUGGUCAUUGUAGGAGUCGUAAAAAACUAUCUUGACUAUUUUAUCAAGGUACAAGCAGAAAUGGAACCUUCAGCUUCUUUCACUGCUGAGCCAAGGGAAGGAACCCAAAAUGUCUGUGUGCCCCCCAAAGGUCAAGUUUCCUAUACUUGGCACGUAAAACCAAAUAAGCUCGGAACGAAUACCAUGACAGCGACAGCCCAAACCACUUUUAUUGGAAAGUCAUGUGAUGGACCCAAUGAUGACUCCCAACCUUCUCGCAAAGACACAGUUGUGCCAACCUUUUCAGUAGAGCCUGAAGGAGUCGCUCAAGAACUGACACUUAGCAAUCUCGUGUUUAUGAAACCUGGCUUGAAGUCAGUGUUGCCAGUCAAAAUAACACCUCCAGGCAACGUGGUGCCAGAUUCCAUCUCUGCAUAUGUGACUGCUGUUGGUGACGUGUUUGGACUCCCAUGGAGUAACCUUCAGAAUAUGAUGGCGCAGCCCUACGGAUGUGCUGAACAAAGUCUGACGGCAAUGGCUUCCACUAUAACUAUGCUUGACUAUCUCAACAGCACAGGACAGCUAACAGAUGAAACCAUGGAGAAGGGAAAGCAGAACAUAUUGGAGGCAUAUUAUCGACAUCUUGCCUUUGCCAAUGGACCGGCUUAUAAAGUAUUCCGCAGUUCCCCACACUCCGAUUCAUGGCUGACUGCGGUAACCUUUUACACCUUUGAGCAAGCCAAGAAAUAUGUUGCGAUCGAUAAAACAAGACAACAGCAGUCUCUCAUCUGGUUGGAGAACACGCAGAAGCUAGAAAAUGGCUGCUUUAAACCCCAAGGACGCAUGUUGACAACUCAGGACCAAGAUGCCAGUAUUACUCUCACAGCUUACAUUUCCAUUGCACUACAGGAAUUCGAAGAUAGCUUUGGGAAAACUCUGCAGGAAGGGGCUAUGACUUGUCUAAAGAAUGCAUCAACCACUGAGCAAACAAUUGGUAACGAAGUCCUUAUGCUGAACGCCUUCACAAUGGCUGGACUUUCAGAAUAUAGCGAUCCUCUGAUGGCCAAACUCAUGAAGAAAGCCAUAGUUAAAGAUGGCACAAUACACUGGGAAAGAGAAGACAUGCCUUUGUUGCGGCCAGUUCCAUUUUUCUUCCCUAUAUAUGCCCCAGCUGAGGUACAGCUCACAUCUUACAUGUUACUAAGCAUGACCGAAAGGAUCAGACAAUUGAAGGGCAUAAAUUUAAGCGACACAGGUGCAUUGUCUGCUCAAAAAGACAUGUCAACAAUGGCACAGAUGGCCAUGUGGCUAGUUCGCCAGCUGAAUCCUCGUGGAGCUUUCUCAUCUACACAGGACACAGCUGUUGCCCUCAAGGCUCUCAGCAGCUUUGCAAAGCUCCUCUACACUCCAAAUUCACAGCACACCAUAAAGGUCAAAGGUGGCAAUAGAGAUAUUGGUAACCUUAACUUGAGUCCUGAAAACCGGCUGGUGGUACAGAGACAGGAUUUGCCAGAAGCCCAUGGCGAGUACAGCUUAGAAGUUGAAGGGAACGGGUGGUUUCUGUCCCAGACCACAGUGAAAUACAAUGUUCCGAUACCGGAAGGAAAUACCGCGUUCUCUCUAGCCCUGUCCGCCACCUCGGAUAAAUGCGUGAAUGGAGUGACAAAGGUCUUCAACAUGACGGUCACUCUUGGAUAUCAAGGAUCUUUGCAGGCCUCCGACAUUACAAUUAUUAAAAUAAGAAUGCUGUCUGGAUUCAACUCCGAUUUUUGGUCUUUGAGAGAGCUGGAAAAUGCAAAAACAAUUGCCAAAUCUAAAGACAAUGGAAGGGGAGAACUUGAAAUCUAUCUGCAGUCUGUCAAGAAGAAUGAGCCCAUCACCUUCACAUUUAGAGUUUUAAUGGGUAACAGGAUGCUGAAUGUGAAAAAGAGCUCCGCCAUGGUGUAUGGCUUCUAUGAACCAGGUGACAAUGGCUAUGCUGAAUAUGAGCACCCCUGUGUAAAAAAUCAGUAAAAACAAAAUGAAGCUGCUAACAAGAUCUUCUCAAACUAUUAUAUUACGUUUCUGGAAUUGGUUUCAGGAUGGUGUUGUCUGAUAUCUGUUACUGCCUGUAUGCUGCUCUUGGUGUCUGUACAGUGUUGUAUUUGCAAUUUAUUUUUCACUGAACUCAACUUGUAUAAACAUCUGAAAAUAAAAGUCAGCCGUACUGCAA